UGUCUUGGCUUGGUGGCUUGUGCUCCAGUCAGUCGGUCGGUCGGAGGCUCGUCGGAGGUCGAGUGGGAGAGAGUCGAAAGGAUUCACUUUAUUUCCGAAAGCAUGGAGCACCGGCGCCUUCACUUACUUGUGUUUUUAUUCGUCAACGCCAUAUUCGUCAGCCUCCAGUCGAGAGAAGAAGUAUUGCUGGACAUGAGGUCUUCAGGAGGAGAGCUGGGCUGGCUGACGCUGCCAUAUGAGAACGGGUGGGAGAUCGUCCAAACGGUGGUGAACGGCUCGCUCUUCUACACCUACAGCGUGUGCAACAUAGACGCCGUGGACCAGGACAACUGGUUGCGCACGACAUUCAUCCAGCGGCGUCCGGGCGCCACACGCGUUUCCGUGGAGCUCCGCUUUACCGUGCGUGACUGCAACAGCUUUGGCGGCGCCUCCGUUUCCUGCAAGGAGACCUUUAACUUCUUCAUUUACGAGACGGACGCCGAUGUGGGCACCAACUUCCGCAAGGGCCAGUUCCGCAAGGUGGCCACCAUCGCUCCGGAUGAAGUGACACGAGACCAAGUUGUCCUGGUCAACACCGAGACGAAGACGGUGGGCCCGCUGUCCCGGAAGGGCUUCUACCUGGCCUUCCAGGACAUGGGCGCCUGCGUGGGGAUCCUCUCGGUGCGCGUGUACUACAAGACGUGCCCGUCCACCGUGCAGAGCCUGGCAGCCUUCCCGGAGACGGUGGCCAACGGUCUGCGGGAGGUGGAGGGCGCCUGCGUGGAGAACGCCAUGAGUCAGUCCACCCCACGCAUCUUCUGCACCGCAGAGGGCGAGUGGGUGGGUCCUGUGGUCCACUGCGAGUGUUUCGCCGGCUACGAACCCGUCGGGGACUUGUGCCAAGAAUGCAAGCCGGGCUACUUCAAGCCAUCCGUGAGCCCUGAGCUGUGUCUGGUGUGUCCCGACAACACCAGGCCCUCUGCGGCCGGCGCCACCAGCUGCGAGUGCGAGGACGGUUUCUUCCGUUCGCCGUCAGACCCGCCCACGUCGCCUUGUUCCGCGCCUCCCAGUGCUCCGCGUGACCUGAUUGCCACCACGCUGUCUACUGACGGCCGGCUGCAGCUGUCCUGGAGUUCGCCGCUAGUGACGGGGGACCGCGCCGACCUCACCUACAGCGUGCUGUGCGAGCAGUGCGACAGGGCCUCGUGCUCUCCCUGCAGCGAGAAGGUCCACUUCGAGCCCGGCCCCGCCGACCUGCAGGACACCGAGGUCAUAGUCUGCGACCUGGACUCGCAUCUCAACUACACGUUUACGGUGGAAGCGCACAGCGGGGUGUCCCAGUACGGCGCCGCGAGGCCCGCCACCAGCAUCACCGCCGCUCUGGACUAUACUGAUCCCCCAAAGGUGACGUUGAUCCAUCUGGAUGAUCGCAGCCCCACCAGCCUGACCCUGUCCUGGACUCUGUCUCGCCGACCUCCGGCGCACAUCAGUCAUCGCUAUGAGCUCAUGUACCGCAGAAAAGACGGUGACGGGGAGCGUGACGUAACCACCUACACGGUCCUGAUCCUGGACAAGAACUCCGUGCACGUUAAUGACCUCACGCCAGACACGGCGUACCUGUUCCGGGUGCAGGUGCUCAGUUCUCAAGGGAACCCCGGAAGCUACAGCGCGGAGUACGAGUUCCAUACUUCCCCACGAGCGGAAUCUCGGGUCCAAAGCCCCUCCACCAUGGUGAUGGGGGCGGUCGCUGGAGUCGCAGUUGUUCUGCUCGUGGUUGUGGCUGUCCUGCUGCUACGCAAAAGGAGACUGCGAGCUCAUCGUCGGGGAGGCUCCGAGGAUCCCUACUUUUCAGAUCAGCUAAAGCCUAUUAAGACUUACGUGGAUCCACACAUGUACGAGGACCCCAACAUCGCCAUCCAGAAGUUUGUCACAGAAAUCGACCCGAAUGCCAUCAGCAAGCAAAAAGUCAUUGGCGUGGGAGAAUUCGGCGAAGUGUUCCGAGGUGCGAUGAAGUCCCCCGCUCGAGGGGAGGUGGCCGUGGCCAUCAAGACCCUCAAGCCGGGCUACUCUGAGAAGCAGAGGCAAGACUUCCUGAGCGAGGCCAGCAUCAUGGGCCAGUUCUCGCACCCUAACAUCAUCCGCUUGGAGGGCGUCGUCACCAAAUUCAAGCACGCCAUGAUAGUAACGGAGUACAUGGAGAACGGAGCUCUCGACAUCUAUCUCAAGGACCGCGACGGUGAGAUUCCCACCUACCAGCUUGCGGGAAUGCUGCGCGGAAUUGCCGCCGGCAUGAAGUACCUCUCAGACAUGAACUACGUGCACCGGGACCUGGCAGCCAGGAACGUCCUUGUCAACAGCGACUUGGAGUGCAAGGUGUCCGACUUCGGCCUGUCGCGUGUCCUGGAGGACGAUGCAGAGGGGACGUACACAACCAGAGGAGGUAAAAUCCCCAUCCGCUGGACAGCCCCCGAAGCCAUCGCCUACAGGAAGUUCACUUCAGCCAGCGACGUGUGGAGCUUUGGCAUCGUCAUGUGGGAAGUGAUGGCAUUUGGCGAGCGGCCCUACUGGGACAUGAGCAACCAUGAGGUCAUGAAAGCCAUCAACGAGGCCUUCAGGCUGCCCGCUCCCAUGGACUGCCCCUCGGCCAUCUACCAGCUCAUGCUCCAGUGUUGGCUGCACGACCGCUCCAAAAGACCCUGCUUCACCGACAUUGUCAACAUGCUGGACAAGCUGCUCCAGAGUCCGGAGUCUUUGAGCACCAUCGCAGACUUUGAUCCACGCGUGUCCAUCCGCUUGCCCAGCACCAGCGGUUGCGACGGCACCAUGUUCCGGUCGGUUCCCGAGUGGUUGGAGUCCAUCAAAAUGAGCCAGUACAACGAGAGCUUUGCCCGGGCAGGGGUCUCCACAAUGGAAGAUGUGCUCGCCCUGAGGCAUGAGGACAUCAGGAACAUUGGAGUCCGCUUGCCAGGCCACAUGAAGAGGAUAGCCUACAGCAUCCUGGGACUGAAAGACGAAUGCAGCUCCCUCAGCGUGUUCGCAGUGUGACUGAAGCAAUCACGCAUUUCCACGUGCACUCGAAGCGACCAGGCCACAUUAAACCUUGUGGACGACGAGGACUGAAAGUGCAGGGGUAGACCCCCUCGCUGUAAAAAAAAAUAAAAAUCCAGUGUGGCAAGACUGAACUGGACCCUGGAGGCCACCCGAACAGGAAUAAGACUCGAAAAACAAUACUUCUUAACCUGACAGCCAUGUUGAACAUAAGCUUGUUGUGAGCAAACUCAAAGAAACCGGAAGAGAAACAAGAGCGCUUAGGACUUGUGUUGAUCUGAAUAAGGCUCUUUGUGAUUAAGGGCACCUUUUUUUUUUAAGUAAGUUUUCAGGAUCAAAACAUAUAUUUUUGUAUGUUCUGUAAUCGAACUAUUUGCAAAGAUUAUUCCGCUCAGGGUAAAGGAUCACACGUUAUUGGACUUUGUGUAGUUUGUGCUCCAUCUUAUGUCUUACUCAAAUCAUCUUAUUUGUUUACAUGUCUUAAUACAGCUGUAAAUGUUUAUUUAAUAUUUAUUUUAUUUUCUAUUUAUGGCAUUGUUAGACCAGGAAGAAUUGUAUUGUUGAGCAUGUAAUGUCGGGCAAUUGAUUUUGGAGUGUAAAUAAAAUCAAGAGUUACCUUUA